AUGGCGGAAAACGAGAACCACAAAACGACCAUAUGGUCAUCAACGCGACAGGAGCCCAGCCAGCAAGGGAGCAGUGACAAUGGCAGAUCUCGCAUCGGGAGUCUGUGGGUCAGGCUGAUGAGCUCUAUCGGGUGGUAUCCAAAGGGUAUGCCAGAAGAGGAGAAAUGGCUAAUCCUGAAACUCGACUUGAGCAUCUUGAUCUUCGGCUGCCUGUCUUUCUUCACCAAGUACCUAGACCAACAGUCGAUCACCAAUGCAUAUGUUAGCGGUAUGAAAGAAGAGCUCGGCAUGUACGGCGAUCAGCUCAACUACAUCACGGCAACCUUUUGGGCGUCAUACUGUACUUUCAUGAUUCCAGCGUGCUACUUCCUGACGCACUAUCCCGCCAACAGGGUUCUCCCGGCUCUAGAAAUCGGCUGGGGAUUAUCUACCUUUGGUCUGGCCUGGGCUAAGAACGUCGAGACGCUGUAUGCUAUGCGAUUUUUCACCGGGCUCUUCGAAUGCUGCUCCUUUACUGGGACAAUUUACGUUAUCGGUUCUUGGUAUAAGCCAGGGGAGAUCGGACGGCGCGUCGCUCUUUUCUUCAUUGCGAGCCCGCUCGGGACUAUGUUUGCUGGGUAUUUACAGGCUGCGGCUUAUACUAAUCUGAAUCAAGUACACGGCUUGGCCGGCUGGAGAUGGCUCUUCAUCGUCGAUACGAUCAUUACGCUUGCCAUAUCAGUAUUCGGGUUCUUUGUCUUUCCCGACGUACCGGCUAGGAAGAAGCCGCGUUUUAUCACGACCGAAGAGCACGCUCUUGCGCGUAAGCGUAUCCAAGGACUCGUAGCUCCGCCGCAGCUGCAACUGUCCCGAGAUAUAUUCAAGCGGGUAUUCUCUCGGUGGCAUUGGUACCUCUUCGUGCUCCAAUGGACAUUGAUGGAUCAGAACUUCCUCCCUGGAAGUCAGCCGUUCUCUCUAUAUCUAAAAGCAAAGAGCAACAUAUACUCAGUCGUUCAGAUCAAUACGAUACCUACCAUCGUUACGGCAGUGAGUAUUGUCGUUGCACUGUUCAGCGGUGUCAUUGCAGAUAAAACCGGGCGGUUUUGGAUUCCCGCCAUCGUCGUGACUUUUCCGGUUCUUGUUGGUACGGCAUUGCUUGUGGCUUGGGAUAUUGGUGAGAGCGGCCGUUUAGCUGGAUUUAUACUCACUGGAUUUGAGGCAGCUUGCUCACCUCUGACUAUGGGCUGGGCAUCAGUGGUUAUGGCUGGAGACGCAGAGGAACGUGCUGUAGUAACAGCUAGCAUGAAUGCCAUCGGCCAAGCUAUUACAGCCGGGACUCAAGUGGUACAAUUUCCAGCAAGUCGGGCGCCUAAUUUUCGCGGCGGAUUCAUUAGUGUUCUAGCAACUACUGUAGCACAACUUGGUACCAUCCUCGCCAUCCUAUUCUUAAGUCAUAGGGAAUACAAACGCAAACAGAAACACGUGGAUACGCUAUCCGAGCCGGAGGUGGUGGUGGGGGAUGCUGAGUUGGACAAAGCAUUGGAAACUGAUCGUUGA